AUGGCGAAAGGUGCAGACUUUAAACAAUCAAUCCGCAAUCAAACCCGCGUCUCAACCACACUUGCAACCCACCUUCUUUCCAAAGAACCCAACUCCAACGUUGUUUUCUCUCCACUUUCCAUCCAUGUUGUCCUGAGCUUAUUAGCCGCCGGUUCCAAAGGCCAAACGCUCGACCAGCUCCUGGCUUUUCUCAAAACAAAUACCACCCAUGACCUCAACUCUCUUUAUUCGCGGCUUGUGUCAUCCAUCUUAGCCGACGCUAGCCCGAAUGGCGGACCUCGAUUGCAUUUUGCUAACGGGUUUUGGGUUGAUAAAACCUUUACUCUUAAUCCUUCUUUUAAACAGUUGGCGGACACUGUUUAUAAUAAAGCCGCUUGCAAACAAGUCGAUUUCGCGAAGGCUGAUGAGGUAGCCAAAGAAGUGGAUUUAUGGGCUGCAAAGCAAACAAAUGGCCUUAUAAAGGGUGUCCUUCCUGCUAAUGUGGUUAGCAGUCGUACGGGGCUUCUCUUUGCAAAUGCGGUCUACUUCAAGGGAGCAUGGAGUAAGAAGUUUGAUGAGUCAAUGACGGAAAAAUUCGACUUCCACCACCUUAAUGGUAACAAAGUUCGAGUUCCCUUUAUGACCAGCAAGGAAAAACAAUUCGUGUGUGAAUUUAGUGAUUUCAAAGUACUGGGUCUUCGCUACUUACAAGGUAAGGGCGACCACAAGUUCACAAUGUACUUUUACCUUCCAGAUGCAAAAGACGGCCUUCCAUCUUUAAUACAGAAAAUCGGUAUCACACCUGACUUUUUAGACAAUCACAUUCCAUAUACGGCGGUACCAGUUGGGAAGUUUUUGAUACCAAAAUUUAAGAUUGCAUUCGAGUUUGAAGCAUCUAACAUGUUGAAGGAAUUAGGGAUUGUAUUGCCUUUCAGAUACGGAGAUGAUUUGACCGAAAUUGGUAACUCUUCUACCGGUGAAAGCCCUUUUGUUUCGGGAAUUCACCAUAAAUCUUUUGUGGAGGUUAAUGAAGAAGGUACAGAAGUUGCGGCGGUCACUAGAGCAGGUUUCAGGACCUGUGAUAGGCCGUCCUAUAAAAAGGUGGAUUUUGUAGCGGAUCAUCCGUUCUUGUAUGUGAUUAGAGAAGAUGUGACGGGGGUAGUGUUGUUUAUGGGACAAGUAGUGUAG